AUACAUGUGUAGAACGUACAGCACGGUUGGUAAACCGCAAAAUGGCUCUAAGGUACAAAGACAAAGUUACGAUAGUAACCGGCGGAUCAAAAGGCAUCGGAAAAGGCUGCGUAGAAGUUUUUGUGAGGCAUGGAGCAAAGGUUGUUUUCUGUGCAAGAGGAGAAAAAGAUGGAAAAGCAGUUGAGGCUGAAGUGAAUGCCAAGGGACCUGGAGAGGCAACAUUUAUUCCUUGUGAUGUCACAAAAGAAGACCAAAUCAUGAAUGUGAUUGACCAGACUGUUAAAAAAUAUGGAAGGAUAGAUUGUCUGAUCAACAAUGCUGGCAGACAUCCACCAUUUCAUCCAAUUGAUGAUUUUAGUGCAGAAGAUUUCAGACAACUUUUGAAUAUGAAUCUGGUUAACUACUUUUUGUUUGCUAAGUACUCUUUACCUCAUCUGCGAAAAACUCAAGGCAAUAUUAUUAAUGACUCAAGCCUUGUAGGACAGAUUGGGCAGCUGGAGGCAGUGACUUAUGUUUCCACCAAGGGUGCAAUAACUGCAAUGACCAAAGCCUUAGCAAUUGAUGAAGCCAAGUAUAAUGUCAGAGUAAACAGCAUUGCUCCAGGCAAUAUCUGGACUCCCAUGUGGGCUGAGGGGGCUGAAUCUACUGAGAAUGCCGAGGCCACAGUUAAAGCUGGAGAGAACUGUCAGUUGCUGGGGCGUAUGGGCACCAUAGAAGAGAGUGGACUUGCCUGCCUGUACUUGGCAGCAGAUGCAACCUUCUGUACUGGCAUAGAACUCAACCUUUCAGGAGGGGCUGAGCUCAGCUAUGGAAACAAGUCCAGGAUGUCUGGAAAAGGGGUCUAUGACUAAAACAGGGAGUCUUGAUU